CUGAUCAACUACCUAUUGUUAACGGGGCAGCUGUUAAGGACUCUAAGCCUAAGCGACGCGUUGUUGGAGUUGAAGUUAUCCGCCCAUCCCAUUUGCAACCGCGAGCUCCCGUUGGAUAUGUUGUGAAGUGAAGUAGGAUAGCUUUGUAGUUAGGUAGCAUCAGAUUGUCCAGGGCGUCCGAAACACGCAGAAAUGUUGCACGUCAUUUUGGCCGCUGUGGUCCUGCUUGCGGUGAUAUCUGGACUUGCAUACCUUACAAUAAAGACGACAAAGACAGCGAAGAAGGAUGUGGAACAAACUCCGCAAGCGCGUCAACAGGAAGCUGCAGUUCCUGUUAGGCAAGCACCACCGAGGCGACAGGCCGCACUGGAUCGCAUGCGAGAAGGCAUGCGCCAGCGACUAGCGCAGAGGCAAGCAGCCGAGGCGGAGCAAGAGCAUGAGAGGGACGACUCUGACGCGGAGAGCGCCAGCGGCAGCGGUUCUGAAGACGAAGGGGGCCGCCAGCCGCGGCGCCGUGCUGCCGGCCGGCGUGCGGCGCGUCGUGAGGGCGGCGGGGCGCAGCAUCACGGCGAGGGCGAUGAGGAGGGCGAGGGGCGGCCCGCCAGCAAGCGCAGUGCUUACGAGGAGCGGCGGGCCAAGAGGGAUGCGGAGCGGGAGGCCCAGGAGGCGGCGCAGGAGGAGGAGAUGCGGCGGGCGGCUGAGGAGCGGGCUCGGCGGGAGGAGGAGGAGGCGGCGCGGUGGAUGGGGCAGAUCAGCCUGGAGGCGAAGGGGGAGGACGGUGACGAGUCGGGUGCCGCCGCCGCCGACCAGCUGUCCCGGCUGGAGGCCUACGUGCGGGGCCGCAAGACGGUGCCGCUGGAGGAGGCGGCGCUGGAGCUGGGCAUGCGGAGCGCGGAGGCGGUGGAGCGCAUCCGCAGUCUGGAGGCGGCGGGGCGGCUGACGGGCGUCAUGGACGAGCGGGGCAAGUACAUCUACAUCAGCCUGGAGGAGAUGGCCGCGGUGGCGUCCUUCCUGCGGCAGCGGGGCCGGGUGGCCAUCGGCGAGCUGGCGGCCCGCUCGGCGCAGCUGAUCGACCUGGAGCCCCGGCAGGGCGAGGGGGCGGGGGCGGGCGGGGGGGCGGGAGGGGCGGCGGGGCUGGACUUCGACCAGCUGCUGGCGGCGGCGUGAGAGGGAGGGGAGGGGCAUGUGUAUAGGGUUAAUUGCAACGGGCUGUAAGUGUUAUGGUACGGUACGGUAGUAGUAUGGUGGGAGAAGGUCACGAAGGUUAGUGCUGCAUUGUUGUAAGCUGUCUUUGCAGCGAGCAGGCAAUCCAGGCCAGCAACCAGCCGAGAAGGGCGUCCCGCAGAGGGGAGGGGUGAAGGAGCAGGAACGCGGGCUCGCAAUGCGGUUGGAGAAAGGGGAGUCGUGGUUGGAGGUGGUGGGGUGGUGGGGCCGGAAUGUGGUGGUGGCGGCUGCGUAGGUGAGCUGGGUAAGGUGCGGAAGAGGUUGAGGUGGUUGAGGGACGCGGUUCAUGGGUGUGCCUAGGGCGGGCGUCAGCUUGUGUUGCCCUGCGGGUGUUUGCUUGCAUGGCGCUGUGCGGGCAGAAGCGACGGAGCCGAUCAGCAUCCAUGAGAGGACUUGUGUGUGGGGUGUGACCAGCUGACCACCACUCAUUCGGCCUUCGGAAGGCAAAUGUGGUGGAGACCCGCUGUGAAGAUGAGAGGCAUGUCGGCUGCUCGGCGCUGUGCCAGAUUCAAUCAUGAACGUUUGAUUCAUACCAGUAUAGCGUAAACACAAUUGCGUUUGCUGCUAGUAGUUGCGCGGAUGCACCCGCACACGCCGCCUCGAGUGUGGCGCGCCGAAUGAAGUCCCAUUGCAACUGGGAUCAGGGUUAAGGGGCGACUCGACUGGCCUGGUGGUUGGUUAAGCAACGACCUCCAACGUCCUACGUUUCUCUUACCCUACAUAUUGUACAGUGUAUGCAG